AGCUUCCGUUGAGCUUCGAUCGCAAAACUUCAGUCGCUCUCCCAAUCCGCAGAGGCAAUAAGAUGGCAUCGCAAGGUGAUGAUGGGAAGGAUCCUUGGGACAAGGAGACCAAGAGAAAGUUUGAAAGCAAAUCCAAAAGCGAGUAUUUCGAUCCAUGUCAAGAAGCUGCCGAACGAAGCAUACGAUGCCUGAAACGAAACGGAGGCGACCGACAAAUGUGUACAGACUAUUUUGAGGCAUAUCGUGCUUGUAAGAAAGAAUGGAUAAAUAGGCGCAAAAAGGAAGGGGGCUUCUUCUUCUAGCCAGGCAGCGCUCAGCUGUUUGGGGUUGUGUCCAUGAGAUUACAGCCGUGUAACAUUAUGGCUAACCUGUUGAGGUUGGAGAUAUCCAUGUGUAGAAGCAUUGUUCGAUGCAAGAAUCAAGUGUACUAUCACUGUAAGAUUUCGAAAAGCAGAGGAAGAUAUUUGUGCAAUUCAGCGCUAUGGAGCCCAUACGCACGCUAAACUCCUCUUUCCCAUAAUAAUAACAGCAAAACAGUCGAAGA